AUGUUCAGACGCAGGCUUCUCAGCCUCUUCCGGUUGGAAGGCGGCGUUGUCAGCAAACUCGUUCUGCAUUCUCAUCAGUUCCUCAAAGUCCUGUUUCUCUUUCGUCCUCUUCCGGAUCUUCUUGUAGGUGAAGAGGAUGAUGAAGAGGAUGCAACAUGCCACUCCAAAGAAGAAGACCACUACGCCAGCGAUGUGCCUUGUUCUAUCCCCGGAUUCCUCGCCAGCACCCCAAGAGCAACCACCAAUGAGGAAGCAGAGAGCACUCAAGCUAAAGAGGAUAAACAAGACGGGUUCGCCUUCAAAUAA